GACUAUCGAGCACCCAAACGUCAAGUAUCAAAUUGAAAUUUCUCCCUCAUAGAAUCCUCCCGUCAAGCGUGGCUAAUCAAGGUACCAAAAGAAAAAUGAGCAGUUCUGAGGAGGUAUCAUGGAUAAGUUGGUUUUGCGGCCUUCGAGGGAAUGAAUUCUUUUGCGAGGUGGAUGAGGACUACAUAAAUGACAAAUUCAACUUGACAGGUCUCAAUGAGCAAGUACCACAUUACAGACAGGCUCUGGACAUGAUAUUAGAUUUAGAGGCAGACGAUGAUUUGGAAGAAAACCCAAAUCAAUCGGCGCUUGUCGAGCAAGCCGCUGAAAUGCUGUAUGGAUUAAUUCAUUCCAGAUAUAUAUUAACAAGCAGAGGGAUCGGUCAAAUGUUAGAGAAAUUUCAAUCUGGCGACUUUGGUCACUGCGCAAGAGUUUACUGUGAAUCUCAGCCUAUGCUGCCUAUCGGUCUGUCCGACUUGCCCGGCGAGGCGAUGGUGAAGAUGUACUGUCCCCGGUGUAUGGACGUGUACACGCCUCGGGCGUCCCGUCACAACCAUACUGAUGGCGCCUACUUCGGCACCGGCUUCCCGCACAUGGUGUUCAUGGUGCACCCUGACUAUAGGCCCCACAGGCCAACGUCUCGAUUUGUACCCAGACUAUACGGCUUCAAGAUCCACCCCCUCGCGUACCAGAUUCAACUGCAAGCGGCAGCAAGCAACAAGCAGUCUUCCUCGCUACGAACUCUCACAUACAAUAACGGUAAACGCUAGAAGAGACCAGAGACAAGACCUCGCAAAAAAAAUGUAAAAAAAAGAAAAAAAAAUCGAACAUUUUUAAAAUGAGAAUUUGUGUACGGAACAUUCGAACACCAAAAAUUAAAGAGUACAUUGUGAUUACUGAUUAAACAUUCGAAAUAUUGUAAUAUUUUACAAAAUGUUGUAGAAUAAAUUACAUGGAACAAGUUAUAUUGUUUUUAAUAAAUCGGAGAACGCAUCUACCAAAUUUGUAUAAAUGAAAAUAAAAGCCUCUAGAUAUGGUUAAGAAUGGGCGUCGUUUAUCCAACGAUAUGCUGUCUAAAUUAAUUUUUUAUCUAUUUUUUUAGUAUAGAAUUAGUACCUAUAGAUUGUAAUAAUUAUUCAUUGUUAAGACAUUAUUUAAUAAAUAAAUACGAGUGAAACAUCAUAAUUUUGUUCACCUUCCAGCUGAUUAAAAAUAGAAAUAAACAUUUCAAACUAAAACAUUUUCAUGACUUUUUUCUGUUUUACCGCUUUCAAAAUUUAAUUUAUUUUAAACAACUAGACUCGCAAACACCUCUUCUCUAAAAAAAUGGCUCAUUUCGUGUCAGUAAUGUUCAAAGUCUAUUUAAGUUUACGCUCAUCAGAAAACUCUGACUAUAGUUUUGCUUCAGACAAAUUUGGACCAUGUUUAUGAGUCUAGUUGUUUAUGUACAUACUUCAAUUGUAUUCUUAUUUUUUACGCUCGAAACAGACUGUAAACAAGUGUCAAAUCUCAAAAUGAUGCCUCAACUACAAACCUAUAUACAUUUAUAAAUUCAGCACAAUAAUAUUCAUAAGCAUUUUUAUUGGCAUAAAAUACAGUAUUUUUUAUGAUAUGUAUUAUUUAUAAUAUCAAAAUUUGAACAACUACUGUCGUUACUACUAUAUGUUUCAUAUAUAUCUACUAUAAGUACAAAAUAUAUGUUUUUUUAAUCA